AUGUGGGAUGUAGUAUGGACCGACCCGGACAAGGAGUUGGUUGGCCUGCUGACAACGGCACCGAACUCACCGACCAAGGCCAGCUCCGACACGCCCUUCUCUAGCAGCUAUCAGGACACAUUUCCAUCAUUCGAUGAAUGUCUUGCGCAGUCGUUCGGAAGUAUCGAUUCCGCCACUGCUAUCCCUGUAACCUCCUUCUCCAAUGGUAGCGGCUGUGAAUCACCUAGUAUUGCUGCUUUGAUCCGAAUCCUAGGCGACUUGCCACUCCGGGUUGAACGUCAAGAAAAACUCUCAUCUAUCUCGAACAACCCAGAAACUACCAGCAAGCCCAAAACAUCAGAUGGAGGGACCCCAUCCAUUGAUACCCUGCUUGUCACGCCACCGAGAUCCCCUUCCGAAUAUCCUGGACAAUCACUUUUAUCAGGGGACUUACCGGAAUUGCCGGUCUUCCUGACGCCACCUCCAAAAUCGCCGCGGCGAACCCCGCCGACCCCCUUGGGGAUCAACAACCCUGCAGCUUGGCGUACUCCAUCACAGUGGAAAGCUCACGAUGCCAAGAAGGCUCAAAAAGCUGAAAGAGCAGUUUCAUUGAAGACUUGUGCAGAGAGCGACAUCAAGACAGAGUCAUUUGCUGUGUCCAAUACAAUUCAGAGUGUUCGGUCAGCUGCUGGCGCGCCGACUGCUAUGGUAUUAGCAAAAGCCGAGCAAGUCUUCGCCGCCAAAGCUGAUGAAGGUCAAGUAACUGGGCUGGAAGAUGUCAAACGACAUUGGAUGCUCGCUCUUCUUCAUGGUCGACGUUAUAUAGCAGAUACAGGCUACGACAAAGACCAUCCUGUGACAUCUCUUACGGCGACACCGCUAGUCAUGUUGCUCUACGAGACGAAAGCCUAUGCAUCGUACCUCAGUACUUUGCAUCCCGAUACACAGGUGUAUCAUGUCACUGAGGAGAAUCCGAGAGGCAGCUGGCCACACAAUAUCCAUGUGUUGCGAGCACCGCCGGCAGGGGCUGUGUGCUUCCCUGUGGCGCCGCGGAUAAUCCAGACUGUUGUGUACAAGUGCUUGAAGCCGGGCGGAUAUUUCAAAGUAACGAUCAUUGACCCACUGCCAUGCGCCGGAACUAUUGGCCGAAAGCUCCGGGAUUGGAUGGAAAAGCAUCUUUUCUCCAAUAUCGAGAGAAAAUCAUGCUGUUUGGAGCCCAGUCGCCUGUUCCCUAGAUUACUUAGUGACGCUGGUCUUCGUGGUAAGGGCAGUUGGCGCACCAAGGUGAAAUUCUUUGCUCUACAAGAGAAUGCGCGGGGCGAAGGGUAUAACGAUCCGGAUCGCAGCAUCAACAAACUGUAUCAGGAGAGACGAGACAAAGCAGAGUUGCGCAGCUUAGCUGGGCGCAUGCUUUGGGUGGAAGUCUGGGGCAAGCACAUUACGCCACCGAACACCUGGUGGUGGGAUGACCCCGAGUGUGUUGCAGAAUGCCGACAGCUUGGUACCUUUUGGGAGUACCAGAUCAUUGACGCUUUCAAAGAAGAGUGUGUCUGA